CAUUCUAGUACUGGGAAACCACGAUGUGAGAACGGCAGAACACGCGGCAAAUUUGUGGUUUCAAGGUUUUGCCGAAUGGCUGGUGCUUUCAGGAAACGUUGGUAGCAUGACGAAAGGAAACUGGACUCGUUCCGAAGCGGAAGAAUUCCAAGAUAUUGUAGUACAAAUGGGAGUUCCUAACAAUCGAAUAAUAUUAGAAAGUAAAGCAACGAAUACUGGAGAAAACGUGAGAUAUUCACACGAAGUGAUGAAACAGCGAGGGAUAAAUCCGAAGAAAAUAAUAUUGGUUCAAAUGCCGUAUAUGGAAAGAAGAACAUACGCGACCUUCAUGAAACAGUGGCCAGGUGAUGUAACAACACUACAGGUGUCAGUGUCGUCACCCUCGAUCGAGUUCCGACAUUAUCCGAAUAGUAAAGUCGGAACCUUCAGAGAUCUUAUUGCUGCUUUACUUGGAAUGCUAGAAAGAAUCCGUAAAUACCCACGGAAAGGUUGGCAAAUAACGCAAGUCAUUCCCGUUAAUGUAAUGGCAGCGUUCCAGUAUCUCGUGAACACCGAGAGAUAUAGCGAUUUCUUAGGAUGAAUGUUGUUUACGUUCCAUAGAGUCACGUGACUCGUGAGACUGCGUUUUACAAGUAGGGUGUUGAUAUUCCACUUUGUGGAAUAUUUCGAGGAGUAAUUAGUGCACUUUAAGAAAUGGCUGAUAUAACCUGAUCUCCUACCCUGAACAGAAAGCAGUAUCUUGUCGUCAGGUCAACUACCCCCUGUUAGAAUAACGAAAGUUUAUCAUACUAGGCUUAUCUAACAUAAACGUAUUUUGCAAAUAUGUGCUUGACAAGCUACUUGCAUUUCUGUUUCACGAGAUUAUUAUGA